GGCGCCGCUCGGCUCCUCACUCCCAACAAUGGCGGCUCCGAGCCCGAGCGGCGGCGGCGGCGGCUCCGGGGGCGGCAGCGGCAGCGGCACCCCGGGCCCCGCGGGGCCCCCGGCGCCGGGCCACCCGGCCGUCAGCAGCAUGCAGGGCUUUCAGAUAAACUUCUGUGAAAAGGCACAAAGUAAACGCAAAGCACUGAAGUUGAAUUUUGCAAAUCCACCUUUCAAAUCUACAGCAAGGUUUACUCUGAAUCCCAACCCUACAGGAGUUCAAAACCCACACAUAGAGAGACUGAGAACACACAGCAUUGAAUCAUCAGGAAAGCUGAAGAUCUCCCCUGAGCAGCACUGGGAUUUCACUGCGGAGGACUUGAAAGACCUUGGAGAAAUUGGACGAGGAGCUUAUGGUUCUGUCAACAAAAUGGUCCACAAACCAAGUGGGCAAAUAAUGGCGGUGAAAAGAAUUCGGUCAACAGUGGAUGAAAAAGAACAAAAACAGCUUCUUAUGGAUUUGGAUGUAGUAAUGCGGAGUAGUGAUUGCCCGUACAUUGUUCAGUUUUAUGGUGCACUCUUCAGAGAGGGUGACUGUUGGAUCUGUAUGGAACUCAUGUCUACCUCGUUUGAUAAGUUUUACAAAUAUGUAUAUAGUGUAUUAGAUGAUGUUAUUCCAGAAGAAAUUUUAGGCAAAAUCACUUUAGCAACUGUGAAAGCACUAAACCACUUAAAAGAAAACUUGAAAAUCAUUCACAGAGAUAUCAAACCUUCCAAUAUUCUUCUGGACAGGAGUGGGAAUAUUAAGCUCUGUGACUUUGGCAUCAGUGGACAGCUGGUGGACUCCAUUGCCAAGACAAGAGAUGCCGGGUGUAGGCCAUAUAUGGCACCUGAAAGAAUAGACCCGAGUGCAUCACGACAAGGAUAUGACGUCCGCUCUGAUGUCUGGAGUUUGGGGAUCACAUUGUACGAGUUAGCCACAGGCCGGUUUCCUUAUCCAAAGUGGAAUAGUGUAUUCGAUCAACUCACACAAGUUGUGAAAGGGGACCCUCCACAGCUGAGUAACUCUGAGGAAAGGGAAUUCUCCCCAAGCUUCAUCAACUUUGUCAACUUGUGCCUUACGAAGGAUGAAUCCAAAAGGCCAAAGUAUAAAGAACUUCUGAAACAUCCCUUUAUUUUGAUGUAUGAAGAACGUACCGUAGAAGUUGCCUGCUAUGUUUGUAAAAUCCUGGAUCAAAUGCCAGCUACUCCCAGCUCUCCCAUGUACGUUGAUUGAUCUCGCUGCUACGUCAGACUCGAGAAAAAAGGGCUGAGAGGAAGCAAGACGUAAAGAAUUUUCAUCCCGUAUCACAGUGUUUUUAUUGCUCGCCCAGACACCAUGUGCAAUAAGAUUGGUGUUCGUUUCCAUCAUGUCUGUAUACUCCCGUCACCUAGAACAUGCAUCCCCGUGAUACCCGAGUGACCAUGCAGUGUUAGUGCUGGUCAGAGAGACCUCAUCCUGCUCUUUUGUGAUGAACAUAUUCAUGAAAUGUGGAAGUCAGUACGAUCAAUUUGUCGACUGUGAUUAGAUCACAUCUUAAAUUCAUUUCUAGACUCGAAACCUGGAGAAGCAGCUACUGGAAUGGUGUUUUGUCAGACUUCCCAAUGCCGGAAGAAUGCGGUGAUGGAUAUACUGUGUCUGAACAUAGAGACUCGGGCUUGAGUGAGAAGAGCUGGCGCAGCGAACGAGGCACAUGGUCUUCUGGAGCUGGGAGACAAAGGAGGAAUUUACUUUCUUCACCAAGUGCAAUAGAUUUACUGAUUUGAUAUUCUGUUGCUUUACCGUCACAGUCGAUGUUCGGGGAUCGAUUUGCUCAGCCAAAUUUCCUGUUUGAAAUAAUCACAUUAAAUUAGAAUGAAUUUAUCUUUACCAAAAACCAUGUUACAUUCAAAGAGGCGGGACAUUGAAAUAUUGAGACAGGACAGAAUGUGUUCUUUUCUCCUUUACUGAUCCUUCUGCUCUUCAUCGGGAAGACUCAGGAGUCUGCCGCUUGUCAAAGAAGGUGCUGAUCCUAAGAAUCUUCAUUCUCAAAAUUCGGUGUGCUGCCAACUUGACGUUCCGUCUGCCACAAACCACCCAGACUGAAAGAAGAGAAACGUCCUGAAGGCAAAGUUUACAGAUGUUUCUUCCCCCUCGGUCCCAAGCCUGAUACUUUAGCCAUCAUAACUCACUCACAGGGAGAAGCAGCUAGAAGCGAUGUGCCUUGACUGAUUGCAUAGAGAUUGCUUGUAGGCAGCACAAGACCAAACCUCAGUCUUUUGCCCUUACUGGCCCAGAUCUUCAGUUUCUGAAUCCCUCUGCCUGCCCGUCUGGUCUGUUGCCACUCUGUGACUUUUGCUUAAUCCCAAUAUUUUGCCUUUUUUCCUUCCUACAUCAAAGCCCUUUUUAAUUACCAGGGAUGUUUAGCCCCAGAUCCCCCCUAUGCUAUAACAUUUAAAAGGCUGAGAAACGUGGGGCCCCACUGAUGUGGUAGGUGAUCAAUAUGCAUCUUCUAGAGACACAUUGACCAGAUGAGGGCCUGAAAUGGCAGUCCUUUAGAGAAGCUCAUUGCCUGUGAGAGUCUCUGGCAGGUCACUGUCAUUUUUGGAAUGUACAUUUCCAAAUGUACAUUUGGAAUGUAGAAGAGGAAUUCUACUAAAACAACAACAGCUACCACAAAACCCCAAGCCCCCAGACCACCCCAGAAUAGUGAUGAGGCCAUUUAAAUAUGCUGCCUGUUGCUAUGCUUCUUCACGUACUCAUUAGCUAGGUUCCCCUUAGGUUUCGCUGUGGCCUCGCAAGCACCAAGCAUUUGGCUUUGUGUGACAGUUAAGCAGCACUGUGAGUGGUUCGAGCACACAGGAUAGAAAGCAGCCACAGGCUGAGAGGCAGGUGGUGCCAUUAGAACUGGGUGCUGGCAGGUGUUGCUGUGUGCCUCCUCCCAAGGCAACCGUCACAAACGCUAUAAAACAGGUGAGGGAGAACGGUGCUGUUUCAAGUUACAUCCCUGUAAACUUCAGAAUGCAGAAAUGAUUGAUUGCUUUGGUCCACUUGCCUAGUUUCCCUCAUUUUUCCCCCAUCCCCGGCUUCCUAAACCUUAGACUUCCCCAUGUUCUGAAAGGAAGCGUUGCUGCACGUUUUCCUUCGGUCACACCAAGCCAUCAUCCUCCAUUGCUCCCGGGGACUCAAGAGGAAACCUGUUGCUCUGCUGUCAGCUUCCCGUCUGGCUCAGCAUAGAGUCACUUUGCCAUCGUAUACAUGGGGAUAAAAGCAAUUCUGACUGUUCAGGAGCUAAUCUGACCGUUCUGUUGUGUGGAUGACCACAUCAAAAGGCAAUUUUAGUGUAUUAAUCAUAGAUUAUUAUAAACUAUAAACUUAAGGGCAAGGAGUUUAUUACAAUGUAUCUUUAUUAAAAUAAAAGGGUGUAUAGUGUUCACAAACUGUGAAAAUAGUGUAAGAACUGUACAUUGUGAGCUCUGGUUAUUUUUCUCUUGUACCAUAGAAAAAUGUAUAAAAAUUAUCAAAAAGCUAAUGUGCAGGGAUAUUGCCUUAUUUGUCUGUAAAAAUGGAGCUCAGUAACAUAGCUGCUUCUUGGAGCUUUGGAAUAUUUUAUCCUGUAUUCUUGUUUGAAUUCCUCCUCUAUUUAAGAUAUAUACAUGGAAUCGAAGUGUUUAUGUAAUAGUUCUAUCCUUUUGCCUGCAGGUCAGUUGUAAUAAAUUUAGGAUGUGAUGAUGACUUUGUAAUUUGAUUUCCUGAAGUCAGACCCUGAGAGGGAAAAAUCAAGUAAAUUCCAUUAAAUUAUCUGUGCAUUUCA